CAACUGUAAUCAGUUGUGUAUAGGACACUCGGGUGCGCGCGUCGAACGGUUUCCUUGUCGAAUGUGAGUGAGUGCAGUGGCUCCUGCUCCUGCUCCUGCUAACGCCAAACGGACUUGGAACGCUGCGCGGUUUUCUGCUGCUCUCCAGUUUUGUGCGGGGGGGGGAUUUAUGGCUGCUUGGCUUUCUCGCUGCGGAAUAGCGGAACGGAACCAGCAACAACAACAGAAAUACAGCAAUAAUUUGCUUGUAGGAUUGGCUGCGAAGGCUGGCCAAAAAUGUAGCCACAUACAAUAUAACUGAAAGUGAGGCCGAAACGAAACUAUGCAAAUAAAUUAAUAUGCCGAAAUCAUUAACAAAUUAAAACGAAACACGCAAAAGCAAGAGCAGAAUAUACACGAGAAUAAAAAGGGAAAACGAAACCCGAGAGUCAAGUGCUUCGAGGAGAGCUGUUUGCUGGCAUGCUUUGAGGUUAAUUCCACCCAAAAACCAACCAUCACCCAAGCCCGCCAUCACCCAAGCGCCCCUUGGGUCCCUGGGUCCCCUAGCCACUCCUCUCCUCUCGUCUCGUCUCCGCCACGUCUCGUCUCACGUCUCGUCUUCUGUUUUCUGCUGUUGUCGUCGGACCUGCUUUCGCCCACAUUUCUGCUUCUUCCGCUGCCGUCACCAGCGCCGCGUCAAAGGCAUCAAAGAAAUGGUUGCCUCAUUAGCGACUUAGCGGAACGCGCCGCAAAGGAAACCGUAACCAAAAACCACCAAAAAAAAAAAAAGAAAAAAAAAGAACAUCAAAAUAAAGAGGAUACCCCGAAAGGGCUUAAGAGCCGCAACAGCAUCGUGUGCGCUCGUCAGGAAAAGGAAAAGGAAGCAGAUGAACCCAUAAAAAAAAAGGACAAAGAAAUUGAAUACUCGCCGGUUUUUCGGCGCCUUGCCAGCGAAUUGAAGCAGCAUGAGUUCGUACUCUGGCAACUAAAAUCCCUCGUCUAACAGAGAGCACCUCAAAUGAGUAUUGAUAUUAAGCCAUAAAUCAUAAUUAACAAGCGUUAAUUAAGCAACAACUGCAGACAAGAAUAAGCACAAAGCAAAACAAAACCACGAACAAGUCAAAGCUGAAGUGGAAGUGGAAGUAAAAGUACAACAAGAACAACCAUGGCCUCACCACCAGAAAGCCCCAUCGAGGAGGUGGUCUAUGAGUUGGAACAAACACGCGUGCCUAAGCCCAUUCCCGUUGCCCUCGAGGAUUUGUGCCGCCAAACAAAAUUCACCAAGCAGGAAAUCCGCGUCAUGUACAGGGGAUUCAAAACAGAAUGCCCCGAGGGCGUGGUGCACGAGGAUUGUUUUAAGGAUAUUUACGCCAAAUUCUUUCCACAUGGCAAUUCGAGUUUAUACGCUCAUUAUGUGUUCAAGGCGUUCGAUGUAAAUUGCAAUGGCGCCAUUAGUUUUCGGGAUUUACUGGUCACCUUGUCGACACUGCUGCGUGGCUCUGUCUACGAGCGCCUCCGCUGGACAUUCAAGCUCUACGACCUGAAUGGCGAUGGGCGGAUCAGUCGCGGCGAGCUGAGCGAAAUUAUCUUGGCCAUUCACGAGCUUAUGGGCAGAAGACCACACCAGCCUGAGGACGAUCGCAAAGCGAGGGAUCAGGUGGAUCGUGUGUUUCGCAAGCUGGACUUGAAUCAGGAUGGCAUCAUAACGAUAGAGGAGUUCUUGGAGGCCUGCCUGAAGGACGAUUUGGUAACGCGCUCGCUGCAGAUGUUCGACAUUGACCUUUGAUGACAAGAGGACGAGCCCGUGUUGUUGACCACUUCAAAGACUAUAGUAUCGCUCAUAGAUCUAUAAAUGCAUUCAACCAAAGCAAAGCAAAAUCUCAAAACAACAAAAAAAAAUUGAGAGGGGAAAGGAGGCCCCAAAAACAAACAAAAAAGACAAACAUAUACUACCUAUGACAAAAACACCAGUGAAAUUGAUGGCAAAAGAGGAAAUGAAACAUAUUAGUAAUUAAAAUUAGUUUAGGCCAAAAUAUCGAAAGAAGAAAAACUUUAAACUUUAUGAGUGUGUUAUUGUAUAACUAGAAAUGGCUAACAAAAAAAAAAAAAAAACGAUGAUAAAGAACAGAUCAGAAUAUGAAUAUGAGGAAAUAUGUAAUUUUUUGAGCAUAUUAUGAAUUUAAUCCUGCCGUAAAAAGCGAAUUGGUCUUAUAUGUAUUUAUAAACAUAUACAUAUGCGAUAUUUGAAUGUGUAAAUGGACUUUAUUUCAAGAACAUAAGCUAAACUAAAAACAAAAACUAAACCCCCAAACCGCAAUGAUUGAUUCAUGAAUGGAAUUGGUAUUAGCGAUAACAACCGAGAGUGACCGAGCUCUCAAUACACGAUUUACUUUACUCAAUUAACAAUAUUCAUACAACAACAAAACAAAAACAAAAACAAAAAACAGAAGAAAUAUUCUAAUAUUUACACUAAACUAAAGGAUAAUGCUAAAGAAAUGUUUUUGUUUCCCUUUAACUUGGUUGCCGCCUAAAUUUUGAACUCCCAUUGGACCCGACAAAACCCUCCUCCUCUUUGCAGUCAAUUAAAUCUCCUGAAUACAGAACAUAUGACAAAAUGACAAAUUGAAUUCAUUCAGCAUGUGGAAAAAUCUAUUAAAAUUCAUUUUCCAUUUACAUAAAUUGUACAUUCCAUUUUAUGGCAUCAACUAAUUGAAUUUGCAAUGCGUAAUUUAAUAUAAAGAAGACAAAAAAAAGUGUAUACACGAGAAUACACAUGAUGAAUAAUAUAAUGAAUCAAGUAUGUAUGCCUGGGUCCUGUGUGUGCCCGACCAACCACCGAUAUAUAAAAAUAGCACUUGACAAUUACAGUUUAUUUAAUAUUUAUACAAGGCCGUGCUGAUUUUUUAAUGUUAACUGCAAUUCAUACGACACGACUCUUCAAUUAUAUUACAUUUUCAUUCAAUUACCCAUGCAAUCACAUACAUACAUAUGUACGAAUAUAUUUUUGUAUGGGAUCCUACGACUCCCCAACACCUGCACAUUUUCCACAUUUAUUAUUUCAACGCCCCAUCAAUCAGCGAGAAAUGGGCGGCAGUGCCUUUGGCUCCUAGGGCAGCCACAAUUGUUGCCCAUUGCAGUGCAAAACAAAAGCAUACAAAAGGAAUGAAAGGAUAGACAGGUUUUUACACUCAAACAUUGAGUGCUUAAUGGUACAUGGUCAAGACAAGACAAUCAAUGUGGUUUGAUAUUUCCUAUUUCCCCUUUUAGUUGUACGAUUACACAUCGUUCUUCCAUUGUUGCUUCGAACAAAGAAAAACAAAAAACAUAAAUCUAUAUAAACUGUAGUGCACAGGGAAAAACGAUAGUCACAUCAAAUCAUUUCCAAAGGCUUUGGUCAGCUCACCGCAAAUAAAAAACUGUUUGGAAUUGAAAGAGUUAUGCUAUUAUGAGGAAUUUAAAGACAUUUUUUUACUCGUUUUUAUUGAAAUGGUUUCAAUCUAGGGCUGACAUUUCAACCUAUUUUCAAGUAUUUUUUUUCGAAUUUAGCUGUCCUUGAUCCAAACUCGAUCGUCACUUCAUUUGAAAUAAAUAAAGGUUUCAUUUAUCUGUGUCCACAAACGUUCGUUUUACUUUCCAAUAAUUU